UCGGCCUUUUCCCCAGCCCGGUGCUUUCGUUUUCCCCCAAGCGCUGAGUCUGUCGAGGCUCCGGGCGACCGCGGGAACCGCGCCCCGCAGACCCUCCUGGGACGCAGCUGAGCGACGCAGGGAGAUCUGCCCCGACUCGGGCACCCGCGUGCAUUGUAGCAGCUCUGUCCUGUCUCCGGAGCCGCUGCCACCCCGUGCACUGCGCGCAACAGGCACCUAAUUUGCUGAGUUUGGCGGUUGCCUGUGAUUGAAUCCCCAGCCUGCACCCGGAGACAGUUCAACAAUGUCUCAGUGGUACGAACUUCAGCAGCUGGACUCCAAGUUCCUGGAGCAGGUUCACCAGCUAUACGAUGACAGCUUUCCCAUGGAAAUCAGACAGUACCUCGCCCAGUGGCUAGAAAAGCAAGACUGGGAGCACGCUGCCAAUGACGAUUCCUUUGCCACCAUCCGCUUCCACGACCUCCUUUCCCAGCUGGAUGAUCAGUACAGCCGCUUUUCCCUGGAGAAUAACUUUCUUUUGCAGCACAACAUAAGGAAAAGCAAGCGCAAUCUUCAGGAUAACUUCCAGGAAGAUCCCGUACAGAUGUCCAUGAUCAUCCAUAACUGCCUGAAGGAAGAGAGGAAGAUUUUGGAAAAUGCCCAGAGAUUUAAUCAGGCACAGGAGGGGAACAUUCAGAACACUGUGAUGCUGGAUAAACAGAAGGAACUGGACAGCAAGGUCAGAAACGUGAAGGACCAAGUCAUGAACAUAGAGCAUGAAAUCAAGACCCUUGAAGAUUUACAGGACGAAUAUGACUUUAAGUGCAAAACCUCGCAGAAUAGAGAAAGUGAAGCCAACGGCGUGGCCAAGAGUGACCAGAAGCAAGAACAGCUGGUACUUCACAAGAUGUUCCUAAUGCUGGACAAUAAGAGAAAGGAGAUAAUUCACAAAAUACGAGAGCUGCUGAACGCCAUCGAGCUCACGCAGAACGUCCUGAUCAACGACGAGCUGGUGGAGUGGAAGCGAAGACAGCAGAGCGCCUGUAUCGGGGGACCGCCCAAUGCUUGCCUCGAUCAGCUGCAGAGCUGGUUUACCAUCGUCGCGGAGAGUCUGCAGCAGGUUCGUCAGCAGCUAAAAAAGCUGGAGGAGCUGGAACAAAAGUUCACCUAUGAACCAGACCCUAUCACCAAAAACAAGCAGGUCCUGUCAGACCGCACCUUCGUCCUCUUCCAACAGCUCAUUCAGAGCUCCUUCGUGGUGGAGCGACAGCCAUGUAUGCCGACUCAUCCCCAGAGGCCGCUGGUAUUGAAGACCGGGGUGCAGUUCACUGUGAAGUUGAGACUGUUGGUGAAAUUGCAGGAGCUGAAUUAUAACUUGAAAGUGAAAGUCUCAUUUGAUAAAGACGUAAACGAGAAAAACACAGUCAAAGGAUUCCGGAAGUUCAACAUCCUGGGCACGCACACAAAGGUGAUGAACAUGGAAGAGUCCACCAACGGAAGUCUGGCCGCGGAGUUCCGGCACCUGCAACUGAAAGAACAGAAAAAUGCUGGCAACAGAACUAACGAGGGGCCUCUCAUUGUCACGGAAGAACUCCACUCCCUUAGCUUUGAGACCCAGCUGUGCCAGCCAGGCUUGGUGAUUGACCUUGAGACCACCUCUCUGCCUGUCGUGGUGAUCUCCAACGUCAGCCAGCUCCCCAGCGGCUGGGCUUCCAUACUGUGGUACAACAUGCUGGUGACGGAACCCAGGAACCUCUCCUUCUUCCUGAACCCACCGUGCGCGCGCUGGUCCCAGCUCUCCGAGGUGCUGAGCUGGCAGUUUUCAUCGGUCACCAAGAGAGGUCUCAACGCCGACCAGCUGAGCAUGCUGGGAGAGAAGCUUCUGGGUCCUAACGCGGGCCCCGAUGGUCUUAUUCCGUGGACGAGGUUCUGUAAGGAAAAUAUUAACGAUAAAAAUUUUUCCUUCUGGCCUUGGAUCGACACCAUCCUGGAACUCAUUAAAAAACACCUGCUCUGCCUCUGGAAUGAUGGGUGCAUCAUGGGCUUUAUCAGCAAGGAGCGGGAACGCGCUCUGCUCAAGGACCAGCAGCCAGGGACGUUCCUGCUGAGGUUCAGUGAGAGCUCCCGGGAAGGCGCCAUCACGUUCACGUGGGUGGAGCGGUCGCAGAACGGAGGGGAACCCGACUUCCACGCCGUUGAACCCUACACGAAGAAAGAACUUUCAGCUGUUACUUUCCCUGACAUUAUCCGCAAUUACAAAGUGAUGGCUGCUGAGAAUAUCCCAGAGAAUCCCCUGAAGUACCUGUACCCUAACACUGACAAAGACCAUGCCUUUGGGAAGUACUACUCCAGGCCAAAGGAAGCCCCAGAGCCAAUGGAGCUGGACGACCCGAAGCGAACGGGCUACAUCAAGACCGAGUUGAUUUCGGUGUCUGAAGUCCACCCCUCUAGACUUCAGACCACAGACAACUUGCUUCCCAUGUCUCCGGAGGAGUUUGAUGAGAUGUCCCGGAUAGUGGGUCCUGAUUUCGACAGUAUGAUGAACGCAGUAUAAACAUGAAUUUCUCUCUUCUCUGGAGACAUUUUUCUUCCCAUCUGUGAUUCCCUCCUGCUCCUGUUCCUUCACCUGCUGUAUUUCUAGGGAAAUGGAAGAAAGAACACACAGUUGUUGCCCCCUGUUGCUAGCAAGUGGAUAUUUCUCUUCGCUAGAAACCUGUUACUCUGAAGGACUUCACGCGUCUUUAACUGAAGGUGAACCGGAAAGUCACUUGUGUAAAAGUAGAUUCUGCCGGCAAAGCAGAGACCCGCCCAAGGCCUCAGGACUAGACCUGCCAGUGUCUGGGAAAGGUGAGGAGUAAAGUGACAUCUAGUAAAUGCUGUGUCAUCAGUGCCCAACCGCUACACAUCACCGGACAGUCCGCAGUGUGAUGUAGGAGCGGUUCUGUCCUGAAGAUACUGGCAUGCUCCCUCUGCUUUAUGGCUGGAAGUCUUCCGCUCUUUUGCCUGUGGCACAGUUCAAAGCCAACUUUAUAAUGCAGUGAUGUGUCAGACAAUAGUGGACAUCCUUCAUCUGAGUGGGGGGGAGACAACGGUGUUAUCACUUCUGCACUGGCCUGUAAAACUGCAGGCACCAUUGUGCUCUUCGGGGAGCUAGCUUUGUUGGUUGGCUGUAGUUAAGUGAAACGAAACACCCAUAGAGGAAAGAACGUUUUCCAAAUUCUCGAGUAGUUUCUGUUUAAUAUAUACUCCACCAAGCUAAGUGGGUUUUGCUGUCAUUUUGGUCAACGGUUGAAUAAAACUAUCUUUGCACAUUCA